GGGGGAUGCUCUGUGCCCGGGGGCAGGCGGUGCAGGUUGCCCCAGCCCCAUCCUUGGCCUCGGCAUGGGCUGAGCAGAGGAUGCUGCUGCCCAGGGGACCCGCGGAAGAGGAGGCAGCGGCUGCCCCCGGGGGCCACGGGGUGAGUCUGUGCCCGGCCGGAGCGGGGCACUGCCCGGGAGCCGUACCGGGGUGCUGGGGCCAGGGGGCACCGGCAGGCUGGAGCGGUGCUGCAGGGGGGCUGUGCCCCCUCCCCACCCAUGCUAGCAUGCUGGGCAGGGGGAAAGCCUGGGGUCUGCCUGCCCACCGCCCACAGGGCAAUGCUGUGCGCUGCCCAUAACAAGGGCUGAUGCCUGAGUGUGCCCUUGGCACACAUGGCAGGCCGUGUCGGGAGUCCCCAUGGCGUCAGGACCAUGCCCUGUUGCACAUGUACAGCGCCCGGCGCGGUGACACCCGGCUCCGCGGCUCAGAUUCCUCUGGAGCGUGGCGGCAGGUGGGGCUGUGCCUGCUUCGCCCUGCCUGGGGGGCAGCGCCGGCCAGCCUGCUGCCCUACACGGGCCUUGGGCACCUGGGAAUCCCCUCUGUGGGGCAGGAGAGCCGCCCCCCAGCGCUUGUCAUCCUUAGGCUUCAGACUCAACGCCCCGUGGCAGUAAGGGGGGAAGGCUCAGCCCUGGUUCUAACGUGCCCGUGGCGGUGGCCUCUGGGCGCUGUGGCCCAGCGCCAGCUGUUCCCUUCCAUGGCUCGGAGGGGAGCCAGGAGGUCCCCGAAAUGCCGCCGGCCUCCCCAGGGCACGUGGGCACCCGCCUCUGUGACUCCAGGACAGCGCAGCUCCUGGCGCGUCGCCCCGGGGCACCUUGAACAUGCACGAAAGGAGGCGCUGCUGCCUCCGUGUGUGCACAUACCAAGCACACGUGUGCCAGCCGUGGCCCGGAGCGUGCCAGGCCAGACCGGGGGCAUCGAGCCCGGGGCCCUCGGGCUGGGCAUGUCCGUGCCCCUGGUGACGGGAGGACGCCCCGUGCCUGCCCCGCACUGCCUGUAACGAGCAGCCGUGAUUACCGAGCUGCAGCCCCUGGCGCUGGGGGCCUCCCCCACCCCUUAGGUGAUGCUGCCUGGGAAGAGCAUGUCAGGGGUGGUGGGGGGCAAGGACCCCCAUCUGGGGGGCGGGAGGGUGCUCUGUACCCCUGCCCCUUGGCACCCAUAUGGGGCAUGUGCCCCCCAUCCACCCAGCCCAGCCCCAGCAUCGUUCCUCCUGCCUGGGAGGCAGCAGCGCCUGAUUGGUCAGUGGGACCUGUGGGUCCAGGCGUUGCCAUGCCAACCGGAGAGGGGUGGCACAGGGUCUCGGCGGGCAUCACUCCCCUGGCAGCCGCCUGCCCAGGGCCUCGCGCGUGCUCUCCGGCUCCUCCAGCCCCUUGCAGCGGGCACAGACGCCUUCCUAGUGCCAGGCCUGGCCCCGCACCGAUGCCCGGGGACCUUUGGCUCCGGAGGAGGAGGAAGAUGCCGGUGCCCAGCAGGCACCUGGGCCGUGCCCUGAGCUCCUGGGGGGCCACGGGGUCCUGCCCCGGUGCCCUGGACCCCUGCCGGCCACGCUGCAAGAGGCAGCUGGGCCGGGCCGUGCGUGGCUUGUACCGCUUCCUCACCGGGACCCUCUCCCCAGACAGCGUGGAGGAUGAGCUGGAGCUGGCCACCGUGUGCCACCGGCCCGAGGGGCUGGAGCAGCUGCAGGAGCAGACCCGCUUCUCGCGCAAGGAGCUGCAGGUCCUGUACCGCGGCUUCAAGAACGAGUGCCCCAGCGGACUCGUCACCGAGGAGAGCUUCAAGCAGAUCUACUCCCAGUUCUUCCCGCAGGGCGACUCCAGCACCUAUGCCGCCUUCCUCUUCAACGCCUUCGACACCGACCACGACGGCUCCAUCAGCUUCGAGGACUUCGUGGCCGGCCUGUCCAUCAUCCUGCGGGGCAGCGUGGAUGACCGGCUGAGCUGGGCCUUCAACCUCUACGACCUGAACAAGGACGGCUGCAUCACCAAGGAGGAGAUGCUGGACAUCAUGAAGUCCAUCUACGACAUGAUGGGCAAGUGCACGUACCCGGCCAUGCGCGAGGAGGCCCCGCACGAGCACGUUGAGAGCUUCUUCCAGAAGAUGGACAGGAACAAGGACGGGGUGGUGACCAUCGAGGAGUUCAUCGAGUCCUGCCAGAAGGACGAGAACAUCAUGCGCUCCAUGCAGCUCUUCGACAACGUCAUCUAGCGCCCGGCCCGAUCCUGCCAGCGCCGUCCGGAUCCUGCUUGCCCCCCGCCGCCCGCCGGGAAGGGCCUGGGGGCACGGCCAGCGUGGGGAGCACCCCCCGGCCUGCCCCGCUCCUCGGGGGGGCUGGGGACCCCCUCCCCCUGCGUCAGCUGGAGGCCCCGUCCCACAGGAGAGGCGCCCGGUGGCCCCAGCGUGGGAGCGGUGUGGGCUGCGCGCCUCCCCGGGGGUGCCUGGAUGCUCCGGGGUUGGCAGGUGCUGCAGCCCCCACCAGGGCCCUGAGCUGCUUCCAGCAGGGGAAGGGGCGGCCUGGAGCCCCGCUUGCGGUGUUGGGGGGUCCUCCUCCUCGUCCUCCUCGCGGUGCUGGAACCGGCCCUGGGUUUGGCAGAGCUCCCUGAAGAUGCCCCUGGCUCCCCGCCUGCACCCCCCAAGUCUUGCCGGUGCCCCUCGCUCCCCGCUAUUUCCCCACUGCCCUGUCUGGGGCCGGGGCUGGUGCCGUGAGCGUGUGCCGGGGGCAGGAGGAGCCCUGUCCCCUCUCCCCCGGGCAGGGGCCGGAUGGGACGCUGUCUUGCUGUGCUGGGCCCCGGGGGUGGCACUGGGUUGCGCGUCGGUUUGCCCCUGCCCCCCGCCCCGCGCCGCUGCCCCGGCCGUGGGGCAGGUGCCACCCGCCCUCUCCCCCCUCCGGCCGCUUUGCGUUUUGGACUCUGUAUAUUUUGUAUAAUAAAACCGAUCCCGAGGGAGCGGACGCGGGGUUGGAAACACAAAUAAACUCCGGUCACGUCGCUAUGCACCA